AAAGGAGCUAAUUAACGGCCAGGUGCAAAGAUGAGAAGGAAAAACUUUAAGGUGAUAGUGUUAGUUCUGAGUGUUGUGUGGCUGGUCUUUAUCAUGUACAAAAACUCUGGAAAUGACACAACACUUAAAAGCAAAGAUGUUUAUGAGAUGUUCCAUCAUCAAAACGAUUUACCCGUGUUCAAAAUGCUCCAGCCUUCAUCUUCAUAUUGUCAGCAGAAUGUGUCUGCUUAUAAUGUGACUGGAUUUUCUACUCUGCCAAAACAUAUCCAAGACUUCCUGCUUUACCGACACUGUAGGAGUUUUCCCAUGCUUCUUGAUGCACCUGAUAAGUGUGGUGGACCUCAAAACUCUGCAGAUGUCUUCCUUCUGCUGGUCAUCAAGAGUUCUCCAGAGAAUUACGAUCGACGGGAAGUUUUGAGGAAAACAUGGGCUAAGGAAAGACAGCACAAAGGCGUGUGGAUCCGCAGAGUCUUCAUAAGCGGAACGAGCAGAACUGGCUUUGAGAAGCGCAGGCUGAAUAAGCUAUUGAAGAUUGAGAACAGUGAAAACAAAGACAUUUUACAGUGGGACUUCCAUGAUUCGUUCAUCAACCUCACACUGAAGCAGGUCCUUUUCUUAGAGUGGAUGGACAGAUGGUGCCCACACGCCAGAUUUCUUUUAAAUGGAGAUGAUGACAUCUUUGCCAACACGUUUAACAUGGUUGAGUAUCUUCAAGGUCAGAAGAGCAAUGAUGGAAGUAAACAUCUUUUUACAGGGUCCCUCAUGGAGGACACGGGUCCUAUCAGAGACCCUGCAAGUAAAUACUAUGUCCCGGUGCAGGUACAGGAGUCUGAAAUGUAUCCUCCAUACUGUAGUGGAGGAGGCUUUCUUCUCUCCAGCUUCACGACCAAAAUGAUCUACAACAUGUCUCACUCUAUAGAGCUGCUGCCCAUUGAUGAUGUUUACAUGGGAAUGUGUUUGAAAAAGGCUGGCCUCAAACCUACAUCCCACCAUGGCGUAAGGCCCUUCGGUCUGCAUAUCCCCGCUCUGAAUGUUGACCAAUUUCACCCUUGCUUUUACAGGGAAAUCAUUUUAGUCCACAGAUUUCUGCCGCACAUGAUUUUUGUGAUGUGGGAUGAAAUACAAAACCCACAUUUGCAAUGUGGAAAGACAUAUUCCUUGUUCCUUUGAAAAUUUUCAAGAAUGCUUUUAUAAAAAUGGUGGAAGCAUUAUGCAGUUUUGUAAGUGAUGUGGUGUUUUGCACUUUAACUAAAAUGAAAAGGGUGGUCAAAUCAUUUCUCAACAAUGGUAGUUAUAGUCUUUGUGAUAUUUAGGGCCAAAGCACCAGUGGUGCGAGGACCCUUAUUGGAAUUGCUCAGAUUCUUCUUCUUCAGCAAAGCGAAUCACAUUUUUGAGGGCCCAAACAUGCUUGAAAACUCAUGAAAUGUUGUACACACACCAAAAGUGGUGAAAAUUUACAUCUGUCAUGGGUUUCCGAAAUGGGUGUGGCAAAAUGGCUCGAUAGCGCCACCUAUAAAAUUUCAAGCUGUGUUUCACAUACAUGUAUGAUAUUCAGUAGACACAUGUAACACACCAAUACCUACAAAAAAAGUCCUCCUGUAUGAAUUCCGAAACCCAACAGGAAAUCUGUUUUUUUGAAUUUUCUCUGCAAGUUUUGUGCCAUUUUCAAGCUUGCAUUUAAACAAACUCCUCCUAGAGAUUUAAACAGAUCAACACCAAAUUUGGUCAGUGUAAUCUAAAGCCCUUUGUGACGUUAAAUUGCGAAGAUCUUGAAUUUUCGUCUCUGGUGGCCUGACAAACGUUGAUGUUUUGCCAUGACAAAGGAAGUUGUUAUAAUUCAGGCAUACAAUGUCCGAUCUACACCAAACUUCACGUGUUUGAUAAGACUCCUGACCUGAAGUGAUCUACAUGCCAAUAUUCACUUAUAGCCAUACCACCACCUGCUGGCAAUAGGAAGUGUCAUGUUUUACGCUUGAACAAACACCUCAUAGAGAUUUAGUGACAUCAAUAUUAUAUUUUGUCAGUCUAAUCGAAAGGCCUUUGCAAUGUUAAAUUGUGAAGAUCUUGAGUUUUCGUUAAAAGGUGUGUCUGUGGCGGCGUGACAAAUUUGGAUGUUUCGCCAUGGGCAUAGAAGGUGUUGUAGCUCACAAUGUCCGAUCUGCCCCAAACUUCACACGUUCGACAAGAGUCCUGGCCUGAACACAUCUAAAGUCCCAUAUUCUGUUAUAAUCAUAGUGCCACUUGCUGGUAACAAGAAAUGACUUGUUUUAGACUAACUGAAACAUUCAAUGUCAAAUCUGCUCUAGACUUCACAUGUUUGUUAAGAGUCCUGGCAUGAACAGAUCUAAAGGCCAAAAUUCAGAUAUGAUCAUCACCAUCUGUUGGCAACAGGAAAU